UUGAUAAAUUGCAACUUAAAUUCAGUUAACAAUAGCAAAUACACAAAACAAGUUUAACAAGUAGACAGUUAUUUAGUUUGUUCUAUAAGUUAAAUAAAUCAGGUGGACAAAAAUAGCAUUGGAAAUAAUUUUUGUCUCAUUAACUCUUAACACAAAAACAAAACAAAAAAAAAAAAAAAAACGAAAUUAAAUUGAAUAAGAAUCUCUCUUGGAGAUCCCCAUUAUAAGAGGCGACUCAAACAUACCAUCCACAUCCCCCACCAGGCCCCAGGAUGCGGUUGUUUUGCAAUGCUGUGGAAUUUUUUGGCAUUUUGGCAAAAGUGUUUUACGCUCAACUGCCGCCGCCGCCGUUUUUGGCAUAUCUAGUGCUGUUGUUGAUGAUGCCGGCAACAAGUUUUGGCACACCAACUAUUGAGACGACAAGUGGUGUUACAACUAUUUCCCAUGAAGUUAGCAGUCAUGGAAAAACUCAAGGCCACUCGCCAGACACCUCUUCAUUGUGGUUGAACAGAGGCCACAUUCAGCCUGCAGCUGUAAGGCGAGUCACUGGCACAGCCACAACUACAGCGGCGAAACGUUUGCCAGUGUCAUCGGAAGCAGAUGAGGUCCCGAAAAUAUUUGCAUGGGGUCAUGUCACGAAAUAUUCUACAAUAUUGUACGAUGAGGAUAUUGUGUUAAAAGGCCCGGCGGUUUUGGAUGUCAAAUAUCCAGAAGUGGAAAAUUCAAAUACCUACACCAUAAUUGGAAUUCAUGCCUACUAUAAUAAUGGCAAUGAUGCCGAUGCUGUUGACCCUAAUAACGAAAACCACACCGGAAACCAAGAUUUACAAGUGUAUCCUGUAAUGGGUGGCAUUGGUUUUAAUUUCACUGUCGUACGUUUCCUGUUGCCUGCCGAACAUGAGCUGCAUUAUAAAUUGACAAUUCAUGGAGUGGAUAUUUAACAAAAAAAAAAAAAAAAAUAAUAAUAAUAAUAAAA